AUGGCCAACUACCUCGCCUCCAUCUUCGGAACGGAGCAAGACAAAGUCAACUGCUCCUUCUACUACAAGAUCGGCGCGUGCCGCCACGGCGACCGCUGCUCGCGCAAACACGUCAAGCCCUCGUACUCGCAGACGAUUCUGCUGCCGAACCUCUACCAGAACCCCGCGUACGACCCCAAGAACAAGAUGAACCCGCAGCAGAUGCAGAUGCACUUUGAUGCGUUUUACGAGGAUAUCUGGUGCGAGCUGUGCCAGUACGGACUUGUGGAGGAGCUGGUAGUCUGUGACAAUAACAACGACCACCUCAUCGGCAACGUCUACGUGCGCUUCAAGUACGAAGAAGACGCGCAAAAAGCGUGCGACGCGCUCAACUCGCGCUGGUACGCCGGCCGCCCCAUCUACUGCGAACUCUCGCCCGUCACCGAUUUCCGCGAGGCCUGCUGUCGUCUCAACAGCGGCGAGGGCUGUGUCCGCGGCGGCUUCUGCAACUUCAUCCAUCGCAAGGAACCGAGUGCCGAGUUGGAUCGCGAGUUGGACAUGUGCACGCGCAAGUGGUUGAAGGAGAGAGGCCGGGAUGCCAGGAGUAUGAGCAGGAGUCCUACGCCGCCUGCGACGAAGAGCCGGUUUUAG